CCUUCCCUUCUUUAUCGAAAAACCCACAAAAAAUUUUUUAUUCUCUCUUCUCCUGUUGUGGGUCGGUCACGUAAAAAUUAAAACACGAGUCUGAGUUUAUAGUAUGACGCCUUCGCCGAUAUUUCUGACGUAUUCUAACCAUUGAUCCCACGGCUCAGGUUGUCCCAACAGGACAACCAAGGUGACAUCACGGCCCUUAAUUUGCUAGAUGAAUGUUAGUCAAGUAGCCAAUAGGUGGGCCCUGUGUCUUUAGACUGCAUUGCAUUGUGGGGGCCCAUAAAAUAUAUUUUUUUAGCCCACUGACGACUACGAAUGGAAUGGACUGUAGCUAUUCUCUGUCCCUGUACUCUACAAGGACCUUUUUCUUCCUUCUUAUUCACAGCCUCCUCCCCUAACCUGAAACACCAUUCCAUUUCUGAUUUCCCUUACUCACUCUGUCUUCUUCCACCCCGUUCUCUAUAGUGUUAGGUGUCAUAUUUAGAACUGAAUGAAGUGUUAGUUAAUAGAAAGAGCGACAGCAGAGAUUAAUUGUUUUCUUUGCAUAUUUGGUUUUCUGUCUUUGUUGGGUAUAAUUGUUGAAUGGGUCUUACUUCUAUGCAAGGUUGCAUGGAUUCAUCUGACUGGCUUCAGGGAACGAUACACGAGGAGUAUGGAAUGGAUUCUUCAUCGCCAUCUGGGGAUAUGCUCACAUGCUCAAGGCCCUUGAUAGAAAGGAGGCUAAUACCCCAGCAUGGCCAAGCCCUCAAGUGCCCAAGAUGCGACUCCACGCACACCAAAUUUUGCUACUACAACAAUUACAGCCUCUCCCAGCCGAGGUACUUUUGCAAGAGUUGUAGGAGGUACUGGACCAAGGGAGGGACGCUAAGGAACAUUCCUGUUGGUGGAGGCUGUAGAAAGAACAAGAAAGUUGCUAUUAAAAAAUCAAAUGAUCAAUCAGCCAACAACAACCCCGGAUUAUCUAAUUUUUAUAAUCCCACUAAUCUUAACCUUUCAUUUCCUGAAGUGCACCUUUCUAACCUUAAUGUACUUAGUACUCAUGGUACUAAUACUAACUUCAUGGAGAGUAAAUAUAAUGCACUGCUUGAAAAUCCAAGGCCGAUUGAUUUCGUGGAGAGUAAGCUUGAAGCCAUAGUUGGGAGCUCUAGGAACUAUAAUUUUAUGGCGAAUGGUGGUGAGUUGGGUAUGGCUGGUGAACUUGGGGAGCAAGCACCAAAUCUCCAUGGCCUUUGCUUUCCAUAUGGGAUUUUCCUUGAUGACAAUGGUGGUACUUUCAUGGACACCAGCCAGAGGAUAAAGCUUCCUUAUGAUGCAAAUGAAGAUCAACAUGCUAGCGAUGUGAAGUCAGACACCAAGCUCUUGUCCCUUGACUGGCAAGACCAAGGAUGUUCUGACGCCGGGAAAGACAAUUACAGAUACUUGAACAAUAUGGGAUCAUGGACUGGAAUGAUAAAUAAUUAUGGACCCUCCACAACAAAUCCAUUAGUCUCAAGCAAUCUGUAAUAAACUCUACAACUUAGAAUCCUGGUGGCAGCCUGGCACGUUGUUUAAAAAUUAAAAUGAC